CCAGUCCAUCACUAAUGUGACGAAAAAAAUUGUAAAAAACAUUUUUGAUACUCAUUUUUCCCAGCUUUUCCACCCGGCCACGUUGGUAUUCACCCACAUCAAGAUUUCCUCCCAAAACCGACUACUCGAGUGCUUCAAGAUGACCUUAGUGGGCCUUGCAGCCCGCAAAUUGGCGCAGAAGAAGAGGGACGCCAAGCUAGCUGCUGACUUUCCUAAAGGAAUUCGCUGCCAAAAGUGCCUUCAAAUUGGACAUUGGAGCUACGAGUGUAAGGAGAAACGGAAAUACGUCCACCGUAGCUCCCGCACCAAGCAAUUGAGCAAGCAUUUGGCUCAAAAAGAGGCAGAGACGCCCAAGAACCAGGUAGAGGAGCAGCUGGAAGUAGCCCCGCCAGGUGGAAAAAAGGUCCGACGAAAGCGAAAGACCAGCAAGAGCUCCUCAUCCUCAUCAAGCUCGUCGGACAGCUCAGACAGUAGCAGCGAAUCGGACUCUUCAUCUGGUUCGGACUCUAGCAGCUCCAGUUCAGAGUCAGAAGACGAAGGGGGGAGUUCCUCUGGUUCCAGUAGCAGUGGAACCUCCUCCGACAGCGACAGCAGCGAUGGGGCGUCCCAGAGGAAGAAAAAACGAGCCGACAGUUCAGCAGAAUCCUCCGAAGAUCAGGAUUAAUCAAGAGAUCAAUACCGGGUCCGUAGCGCAUAGCUUUAGUAGUUUAGUUUUCCCCACAAACCCUUCAGAUGCGGAAAUUUAAUCCGAAUAUGAACUUACUAUAUGUACUGUACUGUAUUUAUUAUUUAAGUCCCCUAAUGUUCACGGUCUGGUUAUGUACGGGCCAAGAUGCUACUCAUAAUAAAAAUUUUUAGUCCGA